GGGGAAGGUGGAUGGUGGCAGGGCGGAAUCACCGCUCGCAUGGCCUCUGCUCUGGAGCACCGCUCAGCCUGGCGGACGGGAAGCGGGCAGGGCAGGCGCAUGGAAAGGGUAUUUUUGUUGGGAUAUUUUCUGCCGUUGUCGGGUAACAGACUUUCCGUUCGGGCACGGACUGCUGCGCGGAGGAGGACAUCAGCUGCGGGAUCAGAUUCAGUACCUUGUGGUGGAGAAACAGUAGCCAGGUCGCAGGGCAGGAACCAUUUACCGAUGGGAUAUGAAUGAAACGAGUGCCAGGCAAUAAGGCUUCUCUAUUUUCCCGGCUUUUGGGAAGGGCCCCGCCACGACCAUGUCUGAGCUGGAGAAGGCGAUGAUCGCCAUCAUCGAUGCCUUCCACCAGUACUCCGGGAGAGAGGGAGACAAGCACAAGCUGAAGAAAUCGGAACUGAAGGAGCUCAUCAACAACGAGCUGAGCCACUUCCUCGGGGAAAUCAAAGACCAGGAGACUGUGGACAAAGUCAUGGAGGCACUGGACUGCGAUGGAGAUUCAGAGUGCAACUUCCACGAGUUCAUGGCCUUCAUUGCAAUGGUCACUGCUGCUUGCCACGAGUUCUUUGAGGAGGAGUGAACUGGUGGGAAGCAGGUGAGCCCCUUCUGCUCAUGCUGGAGAGAGGCAAGGCAGCAUUGCUCCUCCAGGAAAAGGACUGGCUGUGAUUACAGACACCUUAAGAGUUCAGCUUGCACUAGACUUAAGCAGCUUAUUAAAAGUUUGUGGCUUUGUGAACAAGAAACACUUGUGUGGCUCAGGAAAGGCUACCGGCUAGUGCCCAUUGGGCUCGGUGCAGUGAGAGAGUGCCUUGCCUCAAGGCACUUCCCUGCUGUUUUAAGUAAGGAAUGUGCAUAGGGCUAGAAGCAGAGGGAUGCUGUGAUCCAAGCUUGCUUGCAAAGGAAAAAAGGAAAUUCAAGGGUUGAAGGAAGAGGUGAUGCAGCGGGUCUGGUUUUGGAAACUUGUUGCUGAGCCCACUGGCCUGAACGGGAAGGCUCCAGGCAUGGCAUUAGAAACCAGCUCCUGUCCCAUCACAGGUGCUCAGCAGAGCCCACCCAUUUCUUGGUACAUUGAGACACCCUUGGCUUGCAAGGCAAAGUGUAACAAUCUAAAAGCAUAACCAUCUGACAGCUCAGGCUUUUCACUUGUUGAUCAAUCCUGCUUUUGGCAGCCUGCAGAACUGGAAGCAACAGUGUAUGAGGCUUCUGCACUGGGGUCAGCUCCUGGGCCUGGGAUGUGGCUUGACAAGGUGUCCAGGCUCAGUCAGAAGGGAAGUGGGAGUGGCCCAGUGUGACCACAGACCAGGCACAGCCUCCUGAGUGUGUGGAAAUGACAAGGAAUAAAAUGUUGGUUUGGCC